UGCCUAUACAGCCGUUUCGGCACGACCUACAUGCUGUCCAAUUGACCCCGUUAUAAAUUUCUUGUUCGUCAUUGGAUUGGAUUGGAUUGGAGCGGAGCGGAGCUAAAUAAUAUCAGCCCAGAAGCUGUGGUAUGAUAUACCAACACCACCUAUAGAUAGAGAAAGCCUGCUUACCCGUGGGCGUGACGUAACAACCAAGAAUCAGCCAAUCAAGAUCGUGUUUUCAACGGUGGCGGCUAAUCAUGAACGUGCUUUCAGCGGUUGUACCCAUGGAGACGAGUCACCGUCGUCUGCGAGUAGUAAUUGAACCUCCUCGCGUACUAAAUGGGAAAACUUUAAAUUAAAACGCAAAACGGUCCUAUAUCUUUCUCAAGACAGAUCUUCUGGAAAGCGUGUUGCACUUUUUGUCUACAGGUUCCACGUCAAUUGCAAUCAUUUGGAAGUUCUUCAAUUGGCAGGACAGCGAAUCGCAAUAGCAGACGAAUUCUGACUUUUUUGUCCACGUAGCGAAUGAGGAGGAGGAGGCAAUAAGCAGGCCUUCUGUAUCGAGGUGGCGUUGGUUAUACCCGGAUAUAACGAGAGAUAUCGUUACGCUAUAUCCGGAUGUCCGUUGUAGCCUGGUUCGUUCAAAUCAGCGCGGAUUGCAUACGCAGAAGUAGGCCACCAAAACCAUCCCUCCCAACGACGGAAUUUCAAUGUAACCCUGGAAAUAUCGCCGUAGGGAGCAACACCUUUCUCUACAAAUUAAUCAAUGAAUAGUGGAACCCUCUAUCGUCAUUUACAUUCACCCUUUACUUCAGUUGCUGCUUGACUACCAACAUGACCUUAAUCUGACACAGACUCUCUCCCAAGGCAGAAGUUUUCCCUGCAAAGAAGUCAGCGCGCAGCCGCAGUUGAACUCCCACACACAUGAUCAUCACAGCUGGAGCUGUACCACCUGUCUAUUCGUCCGCUCUGGAGCAAUUCCCGCAUACGCUCGCGUUAGGAGAACGUUAUCUCGUCCAAUGUGUCAGUGACGGCAUCCGCUGCCAUAGUCCGUUGAGCCGGGAGGGCAGUAACGCUAUAAAGGAGUCCGACGACAGCAUGAUGCUAUCUUAUCGGAGCAUUAGAUAGCGUCCAUUGUCACUCCUGGAGAAGAAGGCUCCAGUGGAGGGACAGGAGUGACAUCGGCCACUCGUUAACUUCAGCACGGACGAACAAAAAAAAAGGUCAACCGCAAAAUGGUCCAAGAAAAGAUGAGUGUCGCGUCGAAAACCUUGCUGUCUGCAGCAUCGCUACUCUUCGGCAUCAGCUCCUGGGUGAGCAUCAACGGGCUAUGGGUAGAGCUACCGCUCCUGGUCCCGUUGCUGCCAGAAGGAUGGAAUCUAGGUGCCAUUGUUGUCAUUGUCAUACAAGUGGCCAAUUUCGGACCUCUCAUCUACACUUUAGCACACGCAAGAAUCAAGAUUACACCGGCGAUCCACGGCACGCUCUUCGUAGGAUUCACUGCUAGCGUGCUCCUGGCAUGUUUCUGGCGAGAAACCGUUGGAGGCCAUAGCGUAGCCUUCAUAACGCUCGUCGCUUUCAUGGGUUUCGUCGACUGUACCAGCUCUGUCCUGUAUACGCCAUUUAUGGCACGCUACCCUCCAGCGUAUCUCUUCUGGUACUUGGUGGGAGAAGGUAUGAGUGGACUGGUACCUGCAGGACUGGCCCUUAUACAAGGCGCAGGAGAAACCAGCACGUGUGCCAACGUUACCAGCAACUCUUCAUACAGCAGCCCUUCAGCGAAGCAGCCCAGGUUUAGUGUGGACGUCUUCCUGGCACUUCUCUCAGUCGUCAUGGCUAUCAGCUGGGGUUCUUUCGCUGUUCUCGCUCAUCUUCCUGCUGCUCUGAAGCACCAGGUCGAAGGCAAAAAGGAGAGGCCGAACGAUGCAACCACUUAUGGCGCAACCGAUAACCUUGGUUACGUGAACGACACUGGUGACUCACACCCAACAGAGCCAGGUAGGCAAGAGUCCGGUGCUGCAGCAACAUCGCAUUCGGCAAUGAAUCAGGUAGACAAGAAUCAUCGAAAGAUGGCCACUGCCGAGUGGGUGACAAUGUUGUCCCUGCAAUUCAUCAUAUGUGCGUUCUCCAAUGGCGUGUUGCCGGGCGUUCAGACAUACACGAGUUUACCAUAUGGUCAAGUACCGUACCACAUCGCCACCAACCUGGCCACAAUAGCCAACCCUCUCGCGUGUGCUGUGGCGGGUUUGCUGCAGCUGCGGAAACUUUCGGGGCUUGUUGCACUAGCAGUUGGAGGCUUUUUCUGUGCUGCGUACCUGUUGGCGUUGGCCUUGCUCAGCCCAGACCCUCCCCUUGUUGGCAGCCUCGAAGGCUCCGCUCUCAUGGUGGCGGCGUGGGUUCUGUUUGUGGCCCUGCAGACAUACGUGAAAGCCAGCAUAGCGUCUUGUCUCAUGGCUCACGGUGGAGCCAGUUUUCUUCUCUGGUAUGGAGCAGCUACGCAAAGUGGGUCCUUCAGUGGAGCAAUCAUAACGUUCCUUGUUGUCACCUACACAAGCGUUUUCACACCAGGAACACCAAGCUGUUGAUGUCCUUACAAAGUUCUACGGUGUUUGUUAGCGAUAAGAAAUCAAAUGUCCCAACACGGUGCUACGCAAAGGUGAGGCCAUGAGGACGUUAUCUAUCUGCACGGCCUCAAGAAAAGCGAGGAGAAUGAGAUGGCCUCAGCCCCUUGUGUAUACGGCUGACUCUGAUGGCCUGCUCCCCUGCCGUCUCUUCUGCGUUUGAAGAACUGCAGCCAACGCAACGAACUGUUACAUACCGGUGUUUUCUAUCGAUUGGUAGCGGCCUUUUCUAUGUGGUUCAACGCAUGAAUCUCAAUACUUCUAUCGUUUUUUUUCUUUCUGUCGAAUGAUGACACAAGGAAACGCUUUCCUGAACUUUCUAUUUGCGAAACGUCGUCGUACACAAAAUUUACUUUUGCGACCUGGCUGUUACGAAGCUGAGUUGGGACUGCAAGAGGCGCAGACCGGUACGCCGUAGUGAUAUUAGAAUGGCAUCUGACGCUGGGAACAGCCGCCUAUUGAACCGUAUUUUAAGAAUUCCCAUAAUAUACGCUAUGCAAGUGGGUGAGCUGUCUGCGCAGCUCCCUAGUUUCAAUCUCUCCCCUACUGCCCGUGGAACGACCUCAUUGGUCCGUCUCUGUGGGCUCAUGCCAAUCUACAAAUAUACCCUUAUUGCUGCCGUGAAUCGACAAGCACUUCGUCAAGUGGCUUCUUCAAACACUGCCCUCUUCCCUGCGCAGAGUAUACAGGCGGUCCCAGAAAACGUGUCAUUGAAUUAUAAUAAAAACUACGGCAGGCACCUAGAAUCAUGCGGUCAACGGCAUUUGUUCUUAUUAUGUUUUUGCCACCUCCUGAUGUGAAUGUCACGUAUCGUAAGUAUAAUUAUGUAAAUAUUUGCGAACUGAACUGGGAAACUUGCCAAGUAAAGGUCACUUUUUUACCCCACCAAUAUGAAGAGCGUGCCGAAUUCACUCAUAUUCACGAUAAUUGACAGUGAUAUUCGCCAGCUAUCCCAUCGGAAAAAAUAGCCGAACAUCAUGCUUUUCGUACUUCAGACUUCAGUUCGCAAAAAUAUACAUAAUUAAACUUGCGUUACACGACGUUCACAUCAGGAG